AAUAGUUAACUGAAACACUAAUCGACUAUUAACUAUUUAUUAAAGCACUCUUUAUUUAUACUUUACUAUUUCUACUGUUUUUAUUAGUAUUGAACUCUAACAAAAUUUUGGUGGUAACUACUGGGAUUUUUUCCCAGUAGUUACCAGUGGUAAAAAAAUCCCAGUAGUUACCACUGGUAACAACUUGGUGGUAACUAGUGGGAUUAACCCUCUUGAAACGAUAGUGGAGGACCCGCCGCGCGCGAAAUUAAAUCGCCUUUUCAUACAAACGUAGUCCUCAUUUUUCUCUCUGGAUAUUAACAUUAUUGAAAAUAUUUUGAAACAAUUUUGUAGUAUAUCAACCACACCUAUACCCCUACGAUUGUUUUUUUGAAUUUUUAACUAAUAAAAGAGUUAGGGGCAUUUUAAAAUUUGUAUGAAAUCUGUUUUUCGCUCAUCUUCUUCCUAGCGUUUGUUCCGGCUUAUUGCCACGGCUCAAGGGAGCCUGGCGUCCGCUUGGCAACGAAUCCUGAGAAUUGGCGUAUUAGGCACUAGUUUUUUCGAAAUCGACUGCCAUCUGACCUUCCAACCCAGAGGGUAAACUAGGCCUUAUUGGGAUUAGUCCGGUUUCCUCACGAUGUUUUCCUUCACUAAAAAGCGACUGGUAAAUAUCAAAUGAUAAAAGAAUGAGGAAAGAAAACGUCUUAUUAAAUAAUAUUAGCACAAUAGUGCCUGCUUACUGUUGCAAGAACUAUCUAGAUAUUUCUACGAAAUCGGUUGCGAAAAAUGCAGUCGCACUCGACUUAACAGGAAAAUAGUUGAAUUUAAGAAGAUUUUGGUUCGUUGGAUUAAAUCAAAAUACAACUAAACUUGCAUCAUACCUAUUUUUCAAGACACCAGUUUUAUCUUUUGCUUUUUGGUCGCUAACAUGCAUACCAUAACGACUUAACCUCCACCGAUCACACAAAAUUAUCACGAGAUCGUCCAUACCAAAAAAGAAAACGUUUAUCCACUUCUAAAUAUUUUCCAUUAUCCGUGAUUUUUUAGUAUGUUAUUGGCAACGAAAAACUAGGUUGAGACGUUUUCUUUUUUUUUCACAAUUUGCAACACAAAUUUUAUUUUUUAUUUUUUUUUAUUAAAAAAAAAGCGAAACCUAUAAACCUAGAAUAUAUUAUGCUGAAUAUCAAAAUCAAAGUGAUUUGUUAACAUUUAGUUAGUGGAAACCGUUUUCUCCCGAAAUGGAAUUUCAUAGAAAAAUGACCGUUAUUUCGUUAGAUUCGAAAAGCUAUUCUUCCCUCUAAAACCCCGUUAUCAAAGUUGGAAUUCAUUUGUAAAUUAGGGUUGACAAAACUAUCUUAAUCUAGUAUGUACUGUAGGAAUCUCUAUCUUCGCCCAAGUAAAAUAUUAUAACCACAAUUUUACCGAUGAAUAUCUACCCAUAAAGUUAAUAAUAAAUAGAACUGUGUACAACGUAUUUUAACGUAAUCAACCCAAAUUACCUAAAAUUGCCUAACUUCGCCACCGGUCUCCAACUUCGCCUAAUCAUUUUUUUCGUCAGAGUACUGAUUAUAAUUUAAGAUUAUACAUUUUCGAUAAAGCCAUCCUGUGUGAUUUACCUAAUAUUCGAUCUUGUUACAUUUUGCUCAAAAAUACUCUGUUUAACUUUUACAUGUAAAAUAAAUUAUGUUUGAGAUGGUUUUGAGCAUAACUUCCCGGCAUUCCCAAUGUAUGUACAGUCGCCAUCAGUUAUAUCGGAGCGGCCAAGGUGCUCACAAAUAUCUUAACAUCCCUCUAUUGUCUAUACGUUAGGUGCGUGUUCAGAUAUUUUUGACCCCCUCGGCCGCUCCGAUAUAUCUGAUGGCAACUGUACUCGAACGACUCAAACUUAAGAAUACUGCUUAUGUGGUGGUUUUUCAACUACCUCUUAGGGGUUGAUUUUUAAACACUCCCUUGCAAAUUCCCUAUCGUAUGGAAUCUAUGUUCGAAAUUCCAGUUUCUUAACCAGCAGCUUCUGUGUGUCGUCAUACAAUGAAAUAAAAUAUCAUACAGUGUUGACUACGCAACGGAACCUAGUCAAAUAUUUCGCACCUAACACACGAUCACGUACCACCAAGUCAAGAAUCCAUUGAAGUAAGCGUAGUGGUAGGCAAGUGGUAGGGCUAUUGUGGUGUCGCGCCGCGCGGGAAACGCGCGCGAGUUAACGUUCGAUUCUGAAUUCAAAAUUGGAACUUGGAAUUCGUAAGAUCAAGAAGCAAGAAGCUGUGGAAGUGGAAGUGUUCAUUCGAUUCGUAGACAGUGUUGUGAAAAUAUCGAUUGUGGUUUGUGAAGUGUUGUGCGUGGAUUCUAGGUUUUCUGCCAGGCCGAAAAAUACAAAAUGCUAGGGUCCUGGUGGCCUAUCCUGUGUCUGCCGAUCCUGCUGGCCUCGGUCUGCGGGAGCGACAUCCUCAUGGUCACCAUGGGCGGCACCAAGUCACACAAGAUGCCGUUUUGGGAGCUGUCAAGAGGUCUUAUCAGGAGAGGUCACAAUGUGACAUUCAUGAGCGCUUUUCCGCCCGACUUCCACAUUCAGGGCCUGGAGGAGAUAGCCCCCGAAGGCCUGGUGUCCUACGUGAGGAACUACAUGACGUAUGAUCUGGUGGGAGCCAGGAUGAGGGGGGAAGAACCGUUGCCUGUGAAGGAUAUCUUCAGAUACGGAUAUGAGGCCUGCGACGCUUUCCUGAGCGAUAUUGAAACUCGCGCCCUCCUCCGUUCGGGGCGGAACUUCGACCUGAUCAUCCUCGACGGCACCUACCCAGAGUGCGCCUUCGGCAUUGUCUACAAACUCAAAGUGCCAUUCAUGUACAUCAACACAGUUGGUUUCUACGCCAUGCCUUUAAGCAACUCAGGAAGCCCUACUCCAUUCUCGGUCACCCCAUUCUUCGGCAAAGCUUUCACGGAUAACAUGGGUGUUUUGGACAGAGCUAUGAACGCAGCCUGGUACAUCGGAGCUUACACCAUGCAUAGUUUCAUGGCUGUGUUUCUUCAAGGAGUGCUAAGAAGACACUUUGGGCCACAGAUGCCUCAUGUAUAUGAUAUGGCGAAGAAUGUGAGUUUUAUUCUUCAGAAUGGCCAUUAUUCUGUGUCGUAUCCGAGACCGUAUUUGCCUAAUGUUGCGGAGGUAGCUUGUAUACAUUGCAAGGAAGCGAAGAGGUUGAACCCGGACAUUGAAGACUGGAUCUCCGGCGCCGGCGACGCCGGUUUCAUCUAUAUCUCCAUGGGCUCCUCCGUCCGCACGUCCAAGAUGCCGCUCUCAGUUCACCGGCUCAUCAUCAACGCGCUCGGCAGGCUUCCUCAGAGGGUGCUGUGGAAGCAGGAUGGGGAGCAGAACAUGACGGAUAUCCCGGCUAAUGUCAGGCUGUAUAAGUGGCUGCCGCAGCAAGACUUGUUGGGUCACCCAAAGAUCAAGGCGUUCGUGACUCAUGGAGGUUUACUCAGCAUGUUCGAAACUGUCUACCACGGGGUACCCAUAGUCACUAUCCCAGUAUUCUGUGACCACGACGCCAACGCCGCCAAAGCUGAAGUCGACGGCUACGCGAAGAAGCUUGAACUCCAGCACUUAACAUCGGAAAAACUUUACGAAGCGAUCAAAGAAGUCAUAAACGUACCAAAGUACAAGGUAGAAGUGAAAUAUCGACAAACACUGUUAAGGGACCAAAAGGAAACGCCUUUAGAACGCGCUGUGUACUGGACUGAGUAUGUCAUUAGACAUAAAGGAGCGUACCACCUCCAAUCGCCAGCCAAAGAUUUAAACUUCAUCCAAUAUUACUUACUAGAUGUCGCUGCUCUGGUUAUACUUCUUGUUUUCACAAUAGCAUCACUUAUUACCUAUGUCGUAAGGGUUGGAUUCAAACGGUUAGUCAAGUAUGUGCAGAAUAGACAGAUGAAUCAGUUGCUGGAUAAGUCCAACGAUUUGUUGAAGCGGUCGAAGAAACUUAUCGACCACACGGCGAUGUCUAAGAAACAUUUGUAAUACCAAAUUUAGGUAAAACGUACAAUCAUUUUUUGUUAAGGGCAUAACCAUGCUUAGAAGUUUAUUUUGUAAAUAUUAAAAUCCAGUGCAUUGAAUUGUUUUGUAAGAAAAAGGAAUAAAAUGUUCUUUAGACGUAGGUGUCAUUAGGCUGGAAAGUACAUUGGUACUUGUAAUUUGUACAUAUCUUUUUUAGAAACAUAGAUGGCGUGAUUAACUAAUUUUAUCACCAUUUAGAGCGCCAUCUGUUGACCACUAGGAGAAAUAUGCUUUGUUUUCUUAUUUCUGAUCCUAUGUGUAUGUCUAUUUUUUUAUCGAAGUCGAACUUAUAUUUGCGGAACAACACGAAUCGUUUCGGGCAAAAGUUACGUGUAAAUUUUCCAUCAAUUGGCUUGGUUCGUGUUUAUCUUGAAAAGUCAAUAGAUACAGCUGGUUAAAAUGGCAGGAAGGAAAUUUCUAUUAUUCAUUGAUUGAAUAACUUUAUACAAAACUAUACAAUACAAUAAAUACAGUCUGUUCUCAACUUAAGCUAACUUUGCGUUUGAAGAGUCUUCAAUUCUGUACAUUUUACUACCUUGAAAAACUCUUAAGAGGCUGUCAAUACCUAAAGCGCGCACACUGUCUAUUUGUAUCGGAGUAAAUGAGAUAGCACUGUCGCAUGUUACUGGGCCUGGGCAAGGGAAUAAUAAGAAAAAUAUUUAUAUAAAAAAAAGUGGAUUAUUAGUGUAAAAUUUUACUCAACCACGGUUUAGAUAUAAAUGUUUUGAAAUUGUGAUUUUAAUUGCAGACCCAUAAAUCAAAACAAUAAAGACAUAAAACCGUUUAAUUGUGAUUUGAAGACCAAUCUUUGCAAUUAUAUUCUAUCGAGCCGAUUUCGUUCAAUCGUGUAACGAGUACAACCACGGUCUUUGAAAUAUAAUUAAUAUGAACAUAUAUUUUUCUUACUUGACUAAAACAAAUAGUCUUUCUUAAAAAACUGUUUAAGUAACAUCAAUUUCAAAGAAAUUGGGUGUUGAAAGCCUCUUAAGGGAGAAUUCGAAUUGUUUAAGGAUGCAUAAAAACGGGUGAUUAUGAGAACAAAAACAAGCUGUGCUAAUUAUAUAUUAUUUUAUUGUAAGGAUAGGAUAAUCGUGAUAAUAGUUUUGCUCAAAAAUGCCUUCUUGUAAUGAGAAAUGUAUUUUGUUCAUUCGGAUUAUUUACAUAUAUCCAAAUACAGAUGUAAACUUAGAACAUCUAUAAAUAGUUUUGGUGAAAUCUAUAUUAACUACGCAAAGGGAUCAAGUAUCGCUAAAAAUACCCAGUUUCAUAGUCUGAAUGACCAAGUGAUAUGAUUUAUAUUAUUUUCUUUCAGUUUAAUAUUUAAAAGGGAAAUAAAAGUAGAAUGUAUGUAGAUAAUAUAUUUAAACUUAGGAAUCCUUGGUGGCCUAAUGAAAAUGACUGCAUCUAUUAUAUGAAUAGUUACUAAUAUGAAGUUACCAUUAGAGAUUAUAAAUAUACCUACGAUUGUUACCAUGAUUUAACAGGGUACUUGGAACAGGGUAUGGACUACACAUACCUACACAAGGCUUAAAACACAGUCAGUUUUCCAUUUAAAAGAACCUAUUAGUGUGCCUGGACAUCAGACAUCAUAAAAUAUACUUAUAUCAAUAAUGAUACCGUUUUUUUGUACUUACCAUUGCAACAUUUACAAAAAAUGUUUAGGGUAUCAAUGAAUUCUUCGACGCUGAAUCGGCUUAAGCCGAUUAGAAAGAGCUCUAUAUUUGUCGAUGUUAUCAGCGAGUUUCGUUUCGCUAAGACGUCAUGAUGCGGAAUCCGACAUAGGCCAAUAAAUCAUGAAGUUUGAAGAAUGACAUAUCAUCGGCUCAAGCCGAUUUAGCAAGUGAACCUGGAUUUUGUAUAUAAUAUCAGCUGAUACCUGUAUUAUGCUGUUACUAAUUAGUUUAUGGAAGUAACUUGGUCUAAAAAUCUUCCCACAAAUGAGUGGUUUAACUGGUACAAAAGACAUAAUAAACUGUGAGCAAAGGUUGUGUGUACAUGCCUUGUUUUUUGUAAAUAUUUUAUUGUUAAGUUGAAUAUAAGUUAAGUUUAAAAAAUAAAGAAAUAAAUGUGAGUUGAACUCAA